UAGAUUUAUAAAAACAAACAAAAAUGACAAAACCUCGACCAUGUGGCUGUAAAGGGUGUAGAACAUGUUUAAUUUGCGAAACACAUUAUAAUGCUGAAAACCUGAAACUCCAAUUACAAUUGGACAAAAGUAAAGGUUAUGUUUAUUGCCCGUUUUGCAAUAAAGCCUGGCAGGGCUGGGACUUGGAUUUAUAUAAACAACAUCCACAUCACCAUGGACAAUCUAUAGAAUACCCGGGAGUUUUUAUACAGCUGGAUUUCAUCAAUGAAAGGGAAGAAAUCGAAUUGAUGAGAAAUAUUGAUGAAAUGCCCUGGGAUAUAUCACAAAGCGGUAGGCGAAAACAAAAUUUUGGUCCAAAAACAAACUUUAAAAAGAAAAAGGUAACCGUUGGACAGUUUAAUGGGUUCCCUGCUUUUUCUAAAUACUUGCAAGAGAGAUUUGAAACAGUAGGCUUAUUGAAAGGUUACCAAGUGAUUGAGCAGUGUUCUCUUGAAUAUGAUCCCAGCAAAGGUGCUUCUAUUGACCCACAUAUAGAUGAUUGUUGGAUAUGGGGAGAAAGAAUUGUUACUGUAAACUGUCUAUCAGAUAGUGUACUCACCAUGACAAAAUUCACUGGUGAUAGUAAGAAAUACAAUUUGCCUUGUGCUGACAAGUAUGAACCUGUGCUCAAUCAUGAUGGAAGUAUUAUUACAAGUAACAAAGAUAAUUUAACAGCAUUACAAAUCAGUAAACCUGUAUGUAAUAGUGAUGCUAUAAUCAGAAUACCAAUGCCGAGACGAUCACUAUUAGUCAUAUACGGUGAGCCGAGGUACCAUUGGGAACACUCUGUGUUGAGAGAAGAUAUUUCUGCAAGAAGAGUAUGUAUAGCAUAUAGAGAGUUCACACCGCCCUACUUGCAGAAUGGAUCAGAUGAGACUAUUGGUAAUGAAGUUAGAGAGAGAGCUAAAAUAUUCUGGCACCAUCAGAUUAAACAAACAAAUGAAGAUAAAAAUCCUUAAUUAAUCAGCUGGUAAUUGUUGCAGAUUAGUGUAUUUAUGUAUAUUUAAUUUUAUUUCAUUUAAUAAUUUGAUAUGUAAAUAAGUACAUUUAAAAAAAGAUAUCUGAUAUCUGUAGAACAGAUAAGAUAUAAAAAUGCCUUUAUUAUGAGUUCAACAUUGUAUAAUAAAAAUAAAAUAUCCAUAUUUACUUAGUUGUUUACAAUGUAUCUCCUAU